CUAGGAGAACUUGAGAUGGGUUACUCUGCAAUGGUGCUAAGGAUGAAGAUCGGAUUCCCCCUCCUCGUCCUCUUCCUCCUCCUUUCCUUCCGGGUCGACCAGGCAAUGAGCAGUAAUGACUUUGUUGAUAGCUACUGCAACAGAGACAUCAAUUACAUUGACGGAAGCAAGUUUCAAACGAACAUGCACCUAGCCUUUGCCACCUUGAUAGCGGAUGUCAAUCCCCUUGGUUUCUCCAAUGCCCCAGAGGGUGAAGGAUCGGAGAGAGUGUAUGCCAUGGUGCAGUGCAGGGGUGACAUUGAUAAGCAAACCUGCAAGGAGUGCAUCGACACUUCGACCCAAAAGGUCAACGACACAGACUGCACCUACCCCAUGGAAGCCAUCAUAUGGUAUGAAAAGUGCCAGCUCUGCUACUCCAACACCAAAUUCUUUGGCCACCUCGAUGUCGAUCAAUCUGGGGCUCAUCUUUGGAACUCACCUGACGUUAAUGAUUCGUUCAACGAGAAGUUGAGCAGUCUGCUUCAGAAUCUGAUUUCCCAGGCGACAACAGGGCGUUCAACGCCCUUGUUUGCCACGGGAUCCAUCCCGUGGAAUGGCCAAGAAACGAUAUACGGACUGAUGCAGUGCACCAGGGAUACCAGCCUUGCUAAUUGCCAAAAGUGUUUGGAAACCACCAGAUCCCAGAUUCCUACGUCGGAUACUUGCCAACAUUCAAUCGGCUGUGAAUUUGUCAGGGGAAGUUGCCGUUUGAGGUACGAUACAGUGCUCUUUUAUGGAACCACAACUCCAAACCCACCCCCUCCAUCAAAAAUCAAGGCCAAGCCCACCUCUUACACCCUAUUCAGCACCUCUAUCAAGUCAAAAGCCAAGCGUAUUAACUCCUCCGCCCAAUGCUGGAUCCAACACUACUACAUCAGGCUGGUUCUCUCUCUCUGUCUCUCUCCCUCCCCCUCCCCAAUUCAUAUGACAAGAAUAUUUUAUAUAUGCAGGCCAUCAGAAAAGUAUAGGCAGAAAACGCAUGUAUAUCAUAACCGGCAUCUCCGUCAUGAUGAUUGUGGUUGUUAUUACUUGCUUAAUUUGCGGCUUUUACUGGUGGAUGAGAGAAUUUUGUUGCCUUUGGAGAAAUACGUUGAAGCCUCGCGGAUUGCAGAGGAAAAAAGAAGAAGAUGACGGAUCGGAACAACGAGUGACAGAGAAAGAUUCAUGCAUGAUCUCAAGGAGUGAGGCUGUGGCAUGCUUACUUGUCCUGCUGGGGAUGGCUCACCUCCUUAACAAUGUCAAACUUCCAGUUAAGGAGUAAGGCUGGGGCAUGCUUACUGGCAGCAGCUAGCAAGAAGGAUUUUAUGUAAACAUUCGAACAAGGGUCCUAAAUUCUUCACCGCAACCAUGCAUAAUGGGAUCGAUGGGCAGAAGGUGAAGUUAACAGUCACUGCUCGCUUUAAUAAAGACCACAAUAUCUGCAGGAAAGAUCCUAUGCUAAUGAUGCCCUUCGCUGCACCUACAAACCUGUAGGGGUUCGAGAAAUCAAGGUUUCAGUCCGCCAUAGGUGGCAAAUGAAGCGGCUAUUCGCUGAAUUUCCUCCUGUAACGUGCUCGCAUGGCAAUGAUGAAUGAGAACUUCCACUGGUUUACAUAGACGAGAGGUUUCAAUUAAUAAAGUAUCUAUGAGCAUAUUACAUCCACUAUAAAUCUACUGCGAAUAUAAUUAGCUGAAAUAUCGAUAUAUAUAGAUUUCUGAACAUAUCAAGGCAGGGUCUUGGUGUGAAGAACGAAAUCAGGAAGAUAAUUGCUAGUACAGCUGGUUAUAUGCACAGGUCUUUACACAUUUGCAUUGUUCCGUUAGUUCGCUUUCUAAAGCAAAAGGAAAUUAAUACAACACAUGCACUCCUAUGCACAAUGGGAAAUAAGUGAUGAAAGUUAAUGCAAAAAAUUAAAAACGUGUGCAGCUGUUUUUAUGAAGAAGGUCAAGGGUUCAGGUCCUUCACCUUGCGAUGAUGACAUGGUGCCCCUUCACCAUGCCUAUUUUAAUUUUCAGUUUUCUGUUUUUAAUGCAUAUGUCAAUUAUAACCAUAGUGGAAUCACCAAGAGUCAUGUCAAUUAUGGAUAUAGUGGAAUCACCCAGAGUCAUGUCAUUUAUUUUUCAGUUUUUUUUGUGAUGUAUAUAUAUACGCCCCUUUGUGUCAGCUAAAAGUGUGUGAGAAAGGCUUUCAAGUGUGCUCAAAGAGUCCUAUUGUGGUGUGUUUAAUCUUUUCUGCCUUGUGCCGUGCCUUGUGAGCACUUGUAGAAACAAGUGCUGGAUUAGUGUAUGUGUUGUUCUUGUGUUGUAUGUUGUGUAAUUCAUGGGAACACAAGAAGAGGACGUGCAGGCAGGUCACUCCUGUAGCAAACAAUUUGACUACCUACAAGAUUUUGAUCUGCUUAUUUCUCACAUGUUUCCCAGCAAUUAUUGACUUGAAAUAGGACUCAGUUAUUGCUCUCUCUAACAGAGACCGAACAAGGAGAACUGCAGGUACAAUUACGAUAGAAAUGAAAUACGAUGGACCUAAAGUAUGCAAAACUUCAUUUCUUUUUUUCCUUAACAGCAUUUCUGCUCCCAAAAGUGUUCAAAUGUCAUAUUACCCGUGGCAGGAAAGUGGUCGACAACCAACUCCUCCUCCACCCUCACCUCCACCUCCACCUCCUGCCAAAGUUGCAGAUGAAAAAAGAAAACCAAAAUUGAGUUCCAUGGCAAAUUCCGUUAGUUCAAACUCAACCAGACGGACUUGGGAACAUGGUAGAUCAGAAUGUAGUGUAAACCUCCCAAAAUAUACCGGGUAGCCCCAAAAAUACACUUUAUUUUUUAGUCUCCCAAACCGUGACACUCUUUCUUCUUUUUUUUCCUGAAAGGAAAAAUGCAAGGAUUAUUAGGUAUAGGGGCACAGAGGCCGGUUCUCUUCUUGCUUGUUUUGGUGCUUCUUUUUGCAUGUUGUGGCUUCCAUCUCUAGGUGAUACAGCUUUGGCUGUUGGGUGAGGCACGUGAAUGCCCUCCUCUAAUACAAGACGUCAAUGGCUCCUGACUGAACUCUUUGAGCUUUUCAUUUCUAUAUGUCCCUAGGAUCAGGUUCAACUAAAAAAGAAGAUUGUGUUUGAGCUUUCUACUUUCUUUCUCUCACUGUGAGUCUGUUGGAUUUGAUAAUAUGAAUAUGACCUCCAUACACGGAUGGCAGAUUGUGUGUGACAGGCCAGUUAAGAGAAGGUGUGCUGCACCAAAGAAGGGAGCUGAGUUUAAGAUGGUCUUUGGUUCAAAGGUGAACAUUGUGUGGCGUUCCUGGUCAUCUCCCAUCUUCCUGCUCUUAGAAGCAGCAGUCUAAACAGAAGCCAAGUUCGGACGGUGGAAAAUAAAGAAAAAUAUCUUUUCUUUGUUUAGACAUGCAUUGUCGUGAGAGGUUUGAUCUUAUCUGUCUCAACAAGCUAUGUUCUGCUGCUUGUAUAUUAAAAAUUUUGUAGUUUAG